AUGGUCCGGAGUAUUUCGUCAGAACCCACAGGAGGCAGCGAGCAACAUGGCGACUUGGAAACUUGGUGCGACAUGGUUGUCUUUUCGCUGGACUGGCAUCCGCCUGACCACGUAUCAUUUUUGAGCUCACACUCAGAGAAGUGCGUGCAUGGCGUUUGCGUCUGUGGCAACGCCACCCUCUCCGCUUCCGUCCAGCAAGCAGCCAGUGCAGCUGUUGAUGAAGCCACGACUUCUUUGGGUUUAGACAAAGAUUGGACAGUUGUAGUGCCUUCUCCAUGUUCAGAAAAUGCGGAACCUUCAGUUGUCCGUCUGUGGCCUCCGCAUUGCGUGCAAAACACGCCUGGCUCGAAGUUACACAGCGCGAUCAAGGUGCAUAUAGGGGACUUUGCGGUAUUUAAAGGCGGAAACUCUUCUAGUGAAUGCUUUUCUGCGUGUGGAGACGACAGCAUGCCGACAGGGUUGGUGCAGCUGCUACGUUCAGUAGGAGCGGAAACGGUUGCCGUAUGCGGGUUCUGUCUGGACUUCUGUGUUGCGGAAAGCGCUAUAGGGCUGCGGGCAGCUGGUCGGAAGCUUUUCAUCACUUUGCUUGACACCAAAACUGUCUGA